GCAGACGAGCCUGUUGUGAAUACAGUAGAUAUGAGCUCGGAAGAAUGUAGGGCUGCGGUGAAGAGAGAUGUGGAGGGAGACGGAGAUGGGUUGGCGUCUUUGUCGGUUGCAAAGAGAAUGAAACAUUGUUUUUCUCUUGUAUGAAUGCUGGAUCUACACUCAAUGUAUUAUUUUGUAUGCUAACAACUUGCAGCUGAGGCAUUUCGGAUGCACGAUAGUGGACUGGAUGUAAUGCAUGUCACUGGAAUGCAGUCAAUCUCUCGUCUUAAAACAAGCCAGAAAGCUUUGCUUGCUGUUAUAAAGAUCUUUGUGCAGACAUCAACACCAAAUUGUUCAAUGCCUUGGCAAAUGAAACGUCAAAGAGCAGUAGUUGGGUCUGGAUUUGUUAUUUCAGGAAGGAGAAUAUUGACAAAUGCUCAUGUGGUGGCUUACCAAAAGCAGAUGAGGGUAAGGAAGCAUGGUGAUGCAAAGAAGUAUACUGCCCAUUUGAUCUGCAUUGGUCAUGAAUGUGACAUUGCCAUGCUUGGUGUAGAGGAUGAUAAGUUCUGGAAUAGUCUUGAAGCUCUUGAAUUUGGCGCUGUUCCUCAACUGGAAGAAGAUGUUGUUUGUGUUGGUUUUCCAACUGGAGGAGACAAUAUUAGUGUAACAAGAGGUGUUGUGUCACGUGUUGACAUCACUCGGUAUUCCUACAGUGGAAUUGAUCUUUUGGCAGUUCAGAUUGAUGCUGCCAUUAACAGUGGAAACAGUGGUGGACCUGCUCUACAAGGAGACAGUGUCAUUGGCAUUGCUUUUGAAACUUUGAACAAUGCCGAAAACAUAGGAUACAUUAUUCCUGUUCCGGUCAUCGAUCAUUUUCUGAAUGACUUUAAGUCUCACCACGACUAUUUGGGUUUCUGUAACUUGGGAAUAAGGUUUCAGAAUUUAGAGAGUGACAUAAUGCGGGAGUAUCUUGGGUUGUCAACAAAUCAAACCGGUGUUUUAGUCACUCGUGUGCUGCCAAUGUCACAAAGUGUUGAUGUUGUACGGAAAGGUGAUGUACUAAUGUCUAUAGAAGACCAGACAAUAGCAAACAAUGGAACAGUUUACUUCAGAGGCAGUGAACGAAUUGUUUUCCAGUUCGCCCUUAUGCAAAAGUAUGUGUCUGACAGCUGCUCUAUGAAGAUAAUGAGAAAUAAAGAAGUACUGGAUAUAGAAGUAAAAUUGAGGACUAUGCCUCUUCUUGUUCCAAGACUUUUGAAGGGAAAGAGGCCAAGUUAUUUGGUUCAUGGAGGCCUUGUAUUUACUGCUCUGACUCAAAUGUACCUCAGUCAUCAGUGGGGAAGAGACUGGGAAGAGAAGGCUCCUAUCUGGCUUUGUGUUUAUGUUACUCAUGGUUUCAUAGAAAAGCCGGGGCAGCAAAUUGUGAUUCUCAGUCAGGUAUUGUCUCAUGAACUCACUACUGGUUAUGAGGGUAUUGCUUUUCUUCCUCUUUUGCAAUUUAAUGGGAAGGUAGUGCUGAAUCUCCUGCACCUAGCGAAAAUGCUGGAUCAGGUGGCUACUGACUGGCAAGACCCAGAUGGCUACAUGCACUUCCUGCUUGAUCGAGAUAGAGAAAUUGUUUUGCCUAUGAGAAGGAGCUUUGCUGCUGCUUCAGACAUUUUGACACAGUAUGCUAUAGGAGAGGCACGUUCUAGUGACCUCCCACUUCCAGUGACACCACAAUUGUAGUAGUAAGUAAAUUACAGCUGUACUGUACAGUAUGUAUAUGCUGAGAUACAAUCUCUACUAACAAAUUUCACAUAGAAUUAGUAAUAAAAAAUUUGGGGCUAGGAUCGUGCUACUGUA